GAUUUCUGGCAAUGCUGCGAGUAAUAAAAAUAUUCAUGGCACCGUCUCUGAGCAACUUAAGAAGAACUUCGCCAAAUCACGUUGGAAACAAGCAUAUUAUGCCGCAACCGUUAUUCGACAAAUGCAGCGCAUGGCGUUAAGUAGUAACAGUAAUAGUACAGGUGGCAGUGGAGAUAGAAGUAAAAUUAAUCUGCUAUCAAAGGAAAGUACACAAGUAGACAGCAACAGUUGUGUAGAAUCUGCAGUAGCUGAAAGCUCUGCCAGUCAUCAUGGCGAGGAAGGAAGUUGUACUGAUAAUACUACCGCUACCAACAUAAGCUGCGGUGCUAAAUCAACGACGUCAGCUGAUAACAAACCAGCAACUGUCAUAGCAGGUGGGGAUAACCAACCGACCAACAGUAGUAAAAGCAACUCACCUGCUUGUGUGAAUGGUAGUGAACAAAACAAGUAAGCAUAUUCAUAUAAGAUGCGAAAAAAUACAAUCAGUCAAAAUGGACUAGAAAUUGUUUAUAAAUAUGUAUAUGGGACGUUCCACGUCAAGCGAAACAGGGCUCUUCCCAGAAUUCACGUUAAUUUAUUUUAAUGAUCGUGGGCUUAAAAUUUUUGUUAUUGAUCGUCCUUGAUGGGUCAAUAUGAUCUUUUGGAAAUCUUCAAAAUGUCGGCUCAACAUGACAGCGGGAAGCCUGAGAAAAAUCGAGUUCUUGAAUUAAAACACCUGUUAAACGAAAAAUUCAA